AUGGAAAAGUGGAAUUAUCCCGGUUUUUUUUCGAAGAGGAAGAGUAAGACCCCAAGGGCUUUAUCAGACGAAGAUAACGACGCAGGAGAGGCUGGUGAAGCAUCUGGAAGUACGCCCGCCGGUGAUACCGCUGCGAGUGGAUCCGGCGAUGCCGGCUCGAGUUCAAACGUACCAACUUCGGGAUCAAGCCAAAGACAAGAAACACCAGGAUCGAGUUCUAGGAAUAUUGAAAAUAUACCAUCGACCUCGGGAGCAUCUGCUAGUUCUUCAUCAACUUCAAAGCCCUCGGGAGGAAAACCUAAGCCUCCCUCUCUUACACUCCAGACGGGAAAAUCCUCUUCAAAUGUUAAUAAAACGGCCGGGCCUCCACACACAAAAGCUCCAUCUUCUUCACCGAAACAGGAACCUACAGAAUCUCUGAAAGGCGGGCUAAAGGAUCUUUCGAAGACGUAUCCGGAAGGUAUUCGUAGCCCUUUAGGCUGGGAUGAUGGAGGUCCUGUUCAAGAAGGGAGGAAGAAACCUAAGGGACAAGUAAGAUUUGGCAACGUGGACGUAAGGGAAAUUUCAGGUUCCAGCGGAUCCUUUGGAUCUACGCCAUCUCGAAGGGACCAAGCGAGCAGUAGUACCAAACCCGAACCCGAGCGAGAUUAUUCUCCUACUUCUUCUUUUUCUCCUUCUUCUCCUUCUUCCCUCGCAAGGAGGUCGCCUCAAAAGCAAAAUAGAGAUGAGAGGGGACGUGGUGCUUCCGCUUCCCCAUCUUCACUAGCAAGAAAGCCGUCUUCAACACGAAGAAGGUCUGGAGGUAGAUUCUCCUCAUCACUGAGCCCAAACCCUCGAGGUCGGAAAGGGAAUGAAGAGGAGGACGCAAGUUCCAUGAAACCAAUGUCUCCACCACGACCCCGUGAUACAGAAAAAACCCGUUGGGCAGAAAAAUACGCAGCCUUCUCCAAAUGGAAGACGAAGCAAGAGCGGAAAAACGCACCUGAGACUUCUGAACCGGCUAGACCAUUAACACAAAAUGAAGCUCGAAACCAGACGGCUUGGAGAACCCCCCGUGAAGCAAAGGCGGCAAGGGAAUCGGAAUUGGCUGCAAAGGAGGGUAAAAUGAUUGAAAAAUUAUCGGAUUUGCUUUCAGAUGAAGAAAGAGUGAGGGAGAGAGAACGGUCAAGGGAUAGAGCUGUGGAGGCGGCGAUUAGGCAUGAAGAGGAGGAAAGAGGAAGAGCAACUGGGGUUGAGGCUAGUACUAGUGCAUCUAGGGCACGACAAGCAAGGAAACGAUCGGUGGAUUCGAGAUCUCCACGUUCAGCGAUUCAGGAUAGAGGUGCCAUGGAAUCUGAUCCUAGAGGUUCAGCUGGUCGUUCUGGUUCCGCUAGUCGUUCUAGCCCAGCUGGACGUUCCGGUUCAAUCGGCCGUUCUGGCACAACCCGAGAACGGUCCCAGGGACAACCACAAGAGCAAUCUCGAGGACAAUCACAAGGACAGUCGAGAGGAAGUCCCAGGAAUAGUCCUACAGGAAGCCCAGGAGGAAGCCUAGGAGGAGACUCAGGAGGAGGCCCAGGAGGAGGCCCAGGGGGGGGUCCAGGAGGUCCAGGAGGAGAUCCCGAGGGAAAUAGCCAGACACCCCAGGGCACCAAUAAACCCGAAAAGAAACCAAAAGACUCCAAGAAAGAUGCACCCAAAAAACCAAACUGCAAAGAUCGCUUCUUUACCAAAUUCCGUGCUCGCGUUCUUAAGCCCAAAAAUGGAAAGCUAACCAAAGUACCAGACAGGUAUAGGCAAGCUAAAACUAGAGAACUAGAAGCCAUGUCCGUUCCAGAAAAACGACUACGAAAACUCUUACAAAUCAAACGCAGGUUGAAUCAAUACGGAAUGCUCGCAACGGUGGUAACAUCGGUAUACCUCAUAUGUUUCGGCGUAGCAUGGCAGGAACACCAUCGUUGGAAUAAUCACGACAAAGAAGAAAGACCCCGAACUACAUCACCGUUUGCGAUGUGGUGUGUUUGUUUGGUGUGGAUUUGUAUGGCUACAGCGCUUAAUAUGUUGGCUAUCAGGACGAUUUUUAAGCUAUGGUUGUUCGGAAGGAAGUAUAAGACUUGGUCGUAUGGAGAAUGGAAAUGGCAGUUGUUUUCGAAGGCCGGGUUGGUGAUUUGUAUACUUAUUGGAGGGGUUACUCUCGCGUCGUUUGGAGGAACUGUGACGAUGUUGAGGGAGGCGAGGACGUUGGAGAUUGAGAGGGGGUAUUACGUUCCAUGA